CGACGUCCUUAGCCAGAACCAGAAGACACAGCUUCGCGAUUAGGCUGCCGACGUCUCAAAGUGUCAGUGUGUCAGUGCUGGCCGCGGGACGUGCCGGCCGUCAAGUUUGUGUUGGGACUGUACCGGGGUACCCGGAGGCCUGGGCUGGACCGGCUGGGCCUGCCAGUUGUCUGCUGAGGCUGAGGUGUGGAGGCGGUGCAGGGUUUUCCCUUGCUCCCCCUGACCAGUAUCAAAGUUCAAGUUCCGUGUUUGAGGAAGAUUGUUGCAUUGGGAGCCACUGUGUUUUCUGCCUGUGCUGACUGAUUGGAUUGGCCAACAUGAAUCCCUUGUGGCCUUUUUUGCCUACCUUUGCAUCUGUGAAUAUGACUGGAGUGGAGAUGCGUGGUGGUGGAGCCCCCGGGCCGGGUCCUGGCCACGGCCUGGGGUUGACAAUUGAUGCCUGUGUGGAGUCUGAUGGUCGACACUCUGGAGGGGAAGAUGUGGUUGAUGAUGACUGCAGCGAAUCAGGACUACUACGCUGUGCGAGGUGUGAUUUUGAUACCCCCAAUAGGAUAACAUUCAUUGCACAUUUAUCUGAGUGCAAUGGUGAAGGCCAAGUUGUCGAAGGUGGUGAUACUUCACCCGACCGCCAUAAUCGCAAAUUGUUUGAGUGUGAUGUAUGUAACAUGAAAUUUUCUAAUGGAGCCAACAUGAGGAGACACAAGAUGAGGCAUACUGGAGUAAAACCUUAUGAGUGCCGAGUUUGUCAGAAAAGGUUUUUUCGGAAAGACCAUUUGGCAGAACAUUUUACUACACACACUAAAACAUUACCUUAUCAUUGCCCAAUCUGCCACCGUGGUUUCCAGAGACAAAUUGCCAUGAGAGCUCACUUUCAAAAUGAGCAUGUUGGUCAGCACGAUAUGGUCAAAUCUUGUCCAUUAUGUUCUUUCCAAGCACCAUCCAUGAAGAGUUUGAGAGUUCAUUUUUUUAAUAGGCAUGGAAUUGAUCUUGAUAACCCAGGACCAUCUUUGGGUAUUGAAACAAGUGGCAAUCCUGGGGUGAAUGGCGGCUUAGGAGCAACUCUGGGCAGUGCCAUAGCUGGUGCUUUGGUCGCGAGUCCUAUCGAGUCUGGAGAGAGCACACCUCCAAUGCACUUUCUGACUCCUCAUGUUGAAAUUUCGAUGGCCGACCCGCCCGGUGCCUACUCUCCGGGCCAGAAUGAGCAUGCCAAUGGGAGUGGGGAUGUCAGUGGAGACCCAAGCUCACCUCAGUCUGCUGACUCAGCCAGUUUGUCUGCAGUCAACACAAGCUCCCUGCCCAUGGUACGGAGGGAUUCGCCUGACCUUGGUCUAAGCAACAGCAUCACCAACGGCUCUCCUCCACAAGAUGUAUCGCUCUUACUUCUCCCAGUUAAACAAGAAAAUUUCAGUGAUGCUUCUAUUGGUGCUGCCAGUUGUGGCAGUGGCAGUGGCAGUGGCGAGGAAGGAGAUGACGAUAAGCGAGGUACUAAUGGAGCAGUCAAUCUCACUACCUGCAAAGAUUCAGCAGGAAUCAAUAAUUCAACAAGGCUAAUUAAGGUAUCUCCGCUCAAGAGCCUUCUGAGAGAUGAUGGGAAACGACCACGACUUAUUUCAUCCAGACCACGACCCGAACUGCUACCUGUAAAUCGUCCAGCUCUGAGUGGGCCGCCUCCAGAUCCCAGUUCAGCUAAUAACACGCCAGCAUGGCAGCUCCAUCCGAAGCUUCAGUGUAACUUCUGUGGUAUUGCCUUUCCUGACCAGACUUUGUAUUUCAUGCAUAAGGGUUGCCAUUCGGAUACAAAUCCGUGGAAAUGUAAUAUUUGCGGUGAGCAGUGUUCCUCAGUUUAUGACUUUAAUGCUCACCUGCUCAGUAAAUCUCAUCAAUGAGUAUAUUCACCUAAGUAUGCACGUUUCAUGCACUGUUUCCCCGUCACUUUAGUUUGGCACUUCAGUUGACUUUUGAGGUGUGGCCAAGAUCGGAAUACCAAGAAGAACUAAAGCAGAUACAGCUUAUGUAUUCUGAAAGUAUAGCUCAAUUGCUAAAAUGGUGUUUCUUUGUAGAAUUUAGUUCUGAACUUUGUUGCAGCUUGGAUUUAUUUAUGUUGCUUUUCUGUGCCUAAUUUAUCGAAUUCUAGUCAAAUAACAAAGUGCAUGAAAGAUUUAUGUUGUGGUCUUGAGGAAGUUUCUAGUUUUUAAAAAUUUCUGCACCUUAUGUGUACAGAUAUUUAUUGUUAUUUCCUUUAGGUAAAUCAGGUAUAGAAUACCUAAUGAAAAUAUACUUGAAGUGAAAGUCUAAAUGGAAUACUUGAUCUUAUGUUGCUUGGCCCUCUGGUCAAAGAAUAGUCUGCCCCUAUUAAAGUUAGGGGUCAUAAAAAAAUUUAUGUUUUCAUAAACCCUUUUCAGAAUGUAACAAAACAUUUCUGGGCCAAUACAUUCCGUCCUUUGUAAUGAUUUUGAGUCUCAUAAUCUUUGUAAAAUCGUUUUGAAUUCUUUUAUACAUGCAUUCCAAAGUAAUGAAAAGAAAAUUUUCACUGCACGUGAUCGUUGAAUGUUAUGCAAACUUAUAUUUUUGAACAUUCAUGUUAAGCAUCAACAUGCGCAGUCAUUUGUAUUUUUAUUGGUAGACUACUAUUUUUGAACUGAUCUGGUUUUAGAUUUAGUCAGAGAUACUUCUAAUGUUUGUUUUUGAUCUGCUUGUGUUGCUCAAGUAUUACUUUUGUGCCUAGUAAUUGAUUGCAGUCUGUAUCUGUGCCUUUGUAACUGAUUCCGUCCAUCGGUAAGGUCCAUUUAUAGCCUGAUGUUAAGUUAACCUGUCUGAUACGAUAGAAUGUAGCUAGUUUUCACGAACUGAUUGCUCACAGAAUGUUUAGUAAGGUUGGAAUACGUAGAUAGGUCAUAUGCAAAACCACGCAAUGUGAAGAUACAUUUUCUAAUGUACUUAACUUGCACUUGUUGCUCAACACUGCUUAUGUUAUACUCUCUGGUUAGUGAACAGUUCAAUUUCGAUAUUAUUGUAUUUUACAUUGAAUAUCAUCGUGUUCAUUGCUGCAAGACUUAUCAGUAUCUUUAACAUGCUUGUUCCACUUGGCUUUGCAGUUGAAAGGAUCACUUAGUGAUGAAAUGACUGGAAACUCAUUUGUAUUGAUCUGCUGUAUAAUUCUCUCUCACUUUGGACUUGGCCCGGUACCAGCUAGAGAGCAAACAAGCAUAUGAUAGUCAAUACUCUUCACUGAAGAAACCAAAUAGUUAUUUAUUUAAUGCACACUAAUUUAAGUGUUCUUUGUCUUGUGUGGUUCUAGUGUGGUGAUGAGUGGUUGUGACCUAAGUAUUUUUAAUGAAAGUUGUUUGUUCUUUGUUGUGAAAGUUCUGUUACAGGACUAUUUUAGUCAUGCAUGAAAUCAUAAAGAUUUUUCUUUAAAUUCUUUCAUUUAAAAAGAGAAGUUGAAAUUUAUCUUGAUUUUGCUUAAGAUAAUAUUGAAGCAUGGUGGAAUGCCAGCCAUGGACUUUGUGCUGGAACCUGUCAUCCCCAUCCCACCAUCCUAGCAUCUGUAGCCAUGCUGCAGCACUGCUGUAGUUGGGGCAGUCUCACACUUGGUGCAAUACCUGCUGGACCGUAUCUUAAAUUGGAUAUUGUCAUGAGAUCACGACAAACUGAAAAUCUUUCCUCCAACAUGAAGAUGCCGGUUACUUAUUUUUAGAAAACAGCCUCAAAGCUUCAACACCAAAGGGUACUGAGAUUGCGUCGCAUUGUAUUGACAUUCCUUUUGUUAAUCUCAGUUUUGUUUGCUCAAUGUGUUUUGAAGGACAGUUUUAUUAUGUUUUUUGUGUUCAUCUCACUGCUUUCAAUUUGAGUACAAUGUUUGUAUAGACUUUAUUUAUUGAAUUUUUUGUUUCAAUUUUCCUGUAGACAUUCCUGUGAAUAAUUUAUUAAAUAUAAUAUUCAUAAAGUUCAUCAUGAUCCUACUUAAGAUAGAAUCUCUUAUGACAAGAGACUUGUUUCCUCAAUCCCCUAAGGUGUCUUAUUUCCUUUUGUAAGAAAAGAAAUAAAUGAGAAGAUUCCUGUAUAGAUACCAACUGUAUGCAUGGUAUGUUCUUAGUUCUCCUAACCAAUUUUCUGGAGCCGUUCAUACUUUUCAUAAAGUUGGUAUCCACAGAUGAUGAUAAUGGGUUUGAUUUAUGUUUCCCGAAGAUCUAAAAAAUUAGGCUAAUCUUUAAAGCCAAAUUAAAUACUUUCUUUCUAUUUGUGUGUAUGGACAUAUCUUGUUGCAUGUCCAUUUUAUGAUGAUAUGUUAAGAAUAACAUUUCAUAUUUUGUACUACACUUAAACUAUUUAUUUAUUUAAUAGUUGUUGACGUGUUUUUUUUUUUUGUCCACUCAUUGCAAGUUUUGUGCAAUGUUGUUAGCUGAUUUUGUUUUGAAUGUUUUCUUUUUUUUGUUGACUCAUUUUAGUCCACUGUCACUGGAUUUGUCCUUUUCCUUGCAUUUGCACAUUUUGUCCUCCAUCUCUAGUUCCUUGGUUGAACUGCAGUAUUUCUUACGAAGCAAGUUUCAAAUGAUCGUAGCUAAGCUGUAUCAGUUUAUCUUGCUGCACUUUCUACUUCGGUCACUCAAUUAUUUAUCUACACUGAAUUUUGUGUAAACGUCAUUUAAGCUGUGCUGUUCCUGUUGCGACAUUCACACAAUUCCUGUUACAACUGUAUUCAAUGCAUUUGUAAAAGGGUUCAGUUAUGCAUUUCUUUUGACAGAAAUUUUUAGAUGUGUAUUGCCAUGAUAUGAGAGGCUUUUGUUGUUCAUGAGAAAGGCUUUGGAUCGAUUGAAGUACAGUGAAGUAAAUUAUUCAUUACUUGACGUCAUUUUCUUAGUAACUGAACCCUUGACCUAAUAUUGCACCAUAUUCUAUGGUUUGAGCAUACUAUCUCUGGAUGGACAAAUCAUCCCUUCUAUAAAUGAAGACACUUGGAUUGUGGAUUGUGAGCUUUAAUGCAAACUUGAUUCAGUCAGCAUGCUAAUAAAAUUUUUGUGGCAGCUUUAA